AAACCCUAAACCCUCCUGCUUCGCUCGCCGGUCGCUCCUCUUCAGCUGCCGCCCUUCGACAAGCUUUCGACUUCAGGCCCUCUCUCUCUCUCUCUCUCUCUCUCUCUCAGCUUCGUCGACGGGCGAGCGAUGCGUCCUCCGCGGGGCGGCGGCGGGUUCAGGGGCGGCAGGGACGGCGGCCGCGGGUUCAGGGGCGGCGGUGGCGGGCGCUUCGGCGGUCGCGGCGGCGGGCGCUUCGGCGGCGGCGGCGGGUUUCGCGACGAGGGGCCUCCGAGUGAAGUCGUAGAGGUUUCGUCGUUUCUCCAUGCUUGCGAGGGUGACGCCGUUACUAAGCUUACCCAUGAGAAGAUCCCCUACUUCAAUGCUCCGAUCUACUUGCAGAACAAGACUCAAAUUGGCAAAGUCGAUGAGAUAUUUGGUCCCAUCAACGAAUCUUUGUUCUCUAUCAAGAUGAUGGAAGGUAUUGUUGCUACUUCAUACUCAAUGGGAGAUAAGUUCUACAUUGACCCGGCUAAGCUCUUGCCCCUUGCAAGAUUCCUUACGCAGCCAAAGGGACAGCAUGCUGCUGGUAGAGGUGGAGGUCGUGGUGGAGGCAGAGGAGGCGGUAGAGGUGGUGGCCGUGGAGGUGGUGGUUUUCGUGGACGGGGUCCUCCAAGGGGUGGGAGAGGUGGUCCUAGGGGUGGUCGUGGUGGUGGUUUCAGGGGCAGAGGGAGAUUUUAGGCCAUCUUUUCUCCUCGUAUUACCCGUGCUCUUCUCAUUUCGAGUUGUCAUUCAUGCACAUCAAGCUUUGCCGAUGUUCUUUGUAAUGCUCUCUUUGUUUUUAGUGAACAAGCAAGCCUAUCCAGAAAAUUAUGGUGAUUAUUGUUAUGUUUAUUAGGCUCGGAAGUGUGCUUUCCUUUACUAAGAUGUUGCAA